UUUCAAAACAAUACAAAGUUUUCUACUUCUAUGACGAACGUAUAACAAAAACCUUAUUUUAAUACUUUUGAAUGGUGGUGUGUUAAAAAAUCGUUAUCUUGUUUUUAUGGUAAAAUGGAAGAAGUACAUAUAAAUACUUUUGCGUUAUCAUUUCAAAAUAAUCGCUUAAGUUACUGUGGACAAGAUUGUCAGAGAAUUCCUUCGGCGCUAUGGAACAUGUACGGCAAUAAAGUACAUUAUCUGGAUUUAAGCUAUAACAAUAUAGAAACACUUAAAGGAUUAGAUAACUUCACGAGGUUACAGGAAUUGAUACUUGACAAUAAUAAAUUAGAGGACAAUAUAAGGUUUCCCUACAUGCCCUACUUGAGGACACUUUCCUUAAAUAACAAUAAGCUGACGGAUUUGGAAGGGCUGAUACAAAAGAUCAAUGAGAAAAUGCCGGCACUGUCUUAUUUGAGUAUACUGAGCAACAAAGCUUGCCCCAACCAACUCUCAGACUCCGAUAAGGAUGACUCCGACUACCAAAGAUACAGAUACUACGUGAUCUACAAGGUCCGUAGGUUGCGGUUCCUCGAUUCGCGCAGUAUAUCUCCGUCUGAGCGUUCGGAGGCAGCUGUCCGGGGCGAAUUCAUGCGCGUGCGCCGUCCGCCCGAAGCGCCCGAGUCGCCCGGGACACAUUCCUGCCAAGACACGAACACUUUCGUACGACCAUUGCCCGUUGACUUUUCAUCGCUUGGCAAACAUAAAGGUGCCUACGGAAAAUGUCGAUACAAAUACACUGGCAAACAUUCUGAAGGUAACAGAUUCAUUCUAAAUAGCGAUUUGUGACAGCAAUUACUUGCUUAAUGCUGAAAUAUAUUUUUACGGACCCUUCAAUGGAAUUUUUUUUUAAU